AUGUGGCGCGACCAGCCGAACAUUCUGCGUCCGCGACACAUCGGCAGCACCUUUUAUUUGCCCGGAGGUGGCACUGGUGGCGGGCGAGGCGGAUCGGUGCCGCAGGUACCGGGUGAGUACCCCCUGCCUGUAGUGAAUCCCCCGCAGGACGCGCGUGAUCGCCUGAGCGCCGUGGAGCGUGCUUCGUCCGAUACGGCCGUGACUACGCUGCUUUCCCGCUAUCGGGUUGAGAACGAGAGGCUCCAAGAUCAAUUGAAGGCGCAUGCCGUUCACGAGGCACUACUCGAGCAGCGCUUGCACGAACUGAGCGCCAGAAACACCGCCCUGCAUCUUCAGGAGUUUCGAAAAAAGGAAAGCGACUCUGCGCUGGACGCGCUAAAGAAACAGCUGGAGGAUCGCGAGCAUGAGGUGCGUGCUCUGCAGCUGCAGGUGGAGAAGCAAGCGGGACGCAUUGCUGCAUUUGAGGAAGCCGUUUCACGUCCCCCGCGUGACUCGGAAGAGUCCCCGGCGACGCCUUCAUCGUCCUCGUCGCGCCGCACACACGAGCUCUUGUGUCAGAUAUUAAGCAGCGUGGGGUUUUUAAAAAGUGUGUUUAACGCAGUCAAGCAUUGCCGAACAUCGCCGCAUGAGGAGACGGGGUGCCAGCGUCCGCUGCAAGAAUGCACGUUGCGUUGCCUGCAGGCCGCUAUGCGGGGUAACCAGGAGACGCUAGGGGAUAUGCUGGGCCGAGGACACCAAGCAUCAUGCGAGGAGUUGGCGCUUGCCAUUCGCGAGGAGGUGAUUUUUUGCGAGGCCUCGGCAGUGCAGGUGGCGGCUCAGCUGCUUGCCGAGCGUGCGCCCCCCGCGGCCUUGGGGGAGGAGCCCCGCACGACGCCCCCACUGCCGUUAGACGCUGACAGUGGCGCCGGCGCCGCCGAGGCAGAAGCGCGGGAAGGAGGGGAGCUGGAGGAGGAGAAGUGCGCUUCCUCCGUGGAGCAGCCGCCGUUGGCGGCCCCGCCGGCACCCUGCGCGAGACGAAGGCCAACAUCGCGACCCACCGUUGACGACUGCGAGGUUCAGUGA